AUGGCGAGAAAGCUCAGUAUAUUGGAAAUCCUUCUGAUCAUCUUCAAUAUAGUUGUAUUGGCAGUAGACAUCCUUUUAUUGCUUCUUGUGCUGGAGAAUCCUUCAGACAGUUCCUUUACUCCCGAGUGUCCAAACAUCGCUGUGUCAGAAAGGAUAGACUGUGCACCCGGCCAGGUGGUGACAGAGGAUGUUUGCCGAUGGCAGUAUAAAUGCUGCUGGAAUCCAGUGGCAGAUACCAAAGUCCCUGGAUGCUUCUUCCCUAGGAACUGGGGUUAUGAAGUCACCAAUGUCCUUACAAAUACAAGCAAAGGGUUGACUGCUCAAUUGAAAAAAGUUGCAUCUCCAUCUCUUUUUGGAAAUGAUAUCAUUGAUGCCCUCUUGACAGCUGAGUAUCAGACAUCCAAUCGUUUUCACUUUAAGAUCACUGAUUUCAAUGAGAUGCGCUAUGAAGUCCCUCAUGAAAACAUCAACCUCAUGAAUGGGACUGCCGAUGAGUCCGUUUUGAGCUACUAUGUAGAGGUCAUCAAUAAGCCCUUCAGCAUCCGAAUAAUGCGGAAGAGCAACAACAGAGUCUUGUUGGACACAGGCAUUGGGCCUCUCCAGUUUGACCAGCAGUACCUGCAGCUGUCUUUCCGACUGCCCAGUUCCAAUGUGUAUGGGCUGGGGGAACACGUACACCAGCAGUACCUCCACAACAUGAGCUGGAACACCUGGCCCAUCUUCACCAGGGAUGCCCUUCCCACAGAAGGAAUGGCUAAUCUUUAUGGAGCACACACAUUCUUCUUGUGCCUUGAAGAUACCAGUGGGGCUUCUUUGGGAGUUUUUCUGUUGAACAGCAAUGCUAUGGAGGCCACACUUCAACCUGCUCCUGCCAUCACUUACCGCACAACUGGGGGCGUUCUUGACUUUUACAUUUUCCUGGGGAACACGCCAGAGCAAGUAGUUCAGGAGUACCUGGAGGUUGUUGGACGGCCAUUCUUGCCUUCCUACUGGAGCCUUGGUUUCCAGCUCAGCCGCAGGGAUUAUGGUGGCAUUAAUGGGUUGAGACAGGUUGUAGAUCGAAAUCGUGAUGCUGAGAUCCCAUAUGAUGUGCAAUAUUCAGACAUAGACUACAUGGCUGGAAGGAAAGAUUUCACUAUUGAUGAGCAGGCUUACCCUCAGCUCGCAGAGUUUGCUAAGGACCUGCAUGACAAUGGACAGAAAUAUGUAAUUAUUCUGAACCCUGGCAUCUUUAAGGACCCUGACUAUGCGGUCUAUGACAAUGGAAGCAAGAGCAGAGUGUGGAUCAUGAGCUCCAGUGGCUUUGCUGUUGGGGAGGGCUAUCCAGGAGAGUCAGUCUUUCCCGACUUUUCCAAUCCAGCCUCUAUUCUGUGGUGGACCCAGCAGCUCACUCAAUUUUACAAACUUCUGGAGUUUGAUGGUGUGUGGAUUGAAAUGGAUGAACUGUCUACGCUUCUCCAAGGUUCCAACCUCAAGUGCGAAUCCAACAACCUGAACUUCCCUCCUUUCACUCCCAGCAUCCUGAAUGGCUCUCUGUUGGUAGGAACCCUCUGCAUGGACACAGAGUUUUACUCAGGCCUUCACUAUGAUGUCCACAGCCUGUAUGGCUACACCAUGUCAAGAGCCACAGACUUGGCCCUGGGAACUGUCUUCUCUCCCAAGAGGAGCUUCAUCUUAUCACGUUCUACUUUCGCUGGGUCUGGCAAAUUUGCUGCUCAUUGGCUGGGAAACAAUUCAGCCACCUGGGAUGAUCUCCGAUGGUCCAUCCCCAGCAUCCUUGAGUUUAACCUAUUUGGCAUCCCCAUGGUAGGGGCCAACAUCUGUGGCUACAGAAACAAUGUCACAGAGGAACUCUGUAGGAGGUGGAUGCAACUUGGAGCAUUUUACCCACUGUCCAGGAAUCACAAUGGUCCUACAUACAUGGACCAGGACCCCGCUGCCUUUGGCCUUAACUCUAUGCUGUUGGAAUCCUCGAGACAUUAUCUGAACAUCCGUUAUACCUUACUGCCCUAUCUCUACACCCUCUUCUACCGUGCUCACACACUCGGAGAGACAGUAGCAAGGCCCCUCGUACAUGAGUUCUAUCAAGACCCAGCUACAUGGGAGGUGCAUGAACAGUUCUUAUGGGGGCCUGGACUCCUUAUCACACCUGUGUUAUAUGAAGGAAUGGAGCAAGUAAAAGCCUAUAUCCCAGAUGCCAUCUGGUAUGACUAUGAGACAGAACUGGCUAUCCAAUGGAGGAAACAGUUUGUAGACAUGAUACUACCAGGUGACAGGAUAGGGCUUCACCUUCGAGGAGGCUACAUAUUUCCCACCCAGCAGCCAAACAGAACCACAGAGGCCAGCCGGAAGAAUCCCUUGGGACUCAUUGUUGCCUUGGACUAUAAGCGAGAAGCAGAGGGCCAGUUGUACUGGGAUGAUGGUGUGUCUAAAGGCACAGUGGUAGAAAGGAAGUACAUUCUGUAUGAUUUCUCUGUUACAUCUAAUCGUUUACAGGCAAAAAUUCUAAACAAUAAUUAUGUGGAUCCCAAUGACCUCAUGUUUACAGACAUCAGAAUCUUGGGGCUGGACAAAGAGCCAACUGUUCUUAAAGUCUUACUUAAUGGCAAUAUCAUCCCCAUUUCAAGCUACAAGUACAAUGCUUCAGCAAAGGUGUUGGUCAUCAAUAACCUCACAGGUCUGAAACUGGGACAAGAAUUCUCCAUUGAGUGGACUCUUGUAGUCAGUGACCUGGAGAAGUUUAACUGCUUCCCCGAGGAUCCUGCAGUCUCUGAGGAGAACUGCAAGCAGCGGGGGUGCCUCUGGGAGCACACAACUACUCCUGGAGUGCCUACCUGUUUCUACGACACCAUUCCCCAGUAUGCUGCCAGUAACAUUCAGUACCAGCCCACUGGCAUCACCAUGGACCUGGCCCUCCUGGCAGACUCAACAUCUGCCCGGGCAGCAGCAGCUCCAAGCGUUGUCUCUGAUCCUCUUUCUGGAAAGAUCAGCUCUCUUAAACUGAAUGUGACCUACCAUACAGAAAACAUGCUGCAGGUCAAGAUUUAUAGCUCCACUAACAAGAGAUAUGAGGUCCCAGUACCUCUGAACAUCCCUCCUUCACCACUUGGCUCCUCUGAGAACUGCCUGUAUGAUGUCACAGUUAAAACCAACCCAUUUGGACUCCAAAUUAGACGGAAAAGCUCCAGUACUGUGAUUUGGGAUUCUCAACUCCCUGGCUUCACCUUCAGUGAGAUGUUUCUUUCAAUUUCUACUCGCCUUCCAUCUCAGUACAUCUAUGGCUUCGGGGAAACAGAGCAUGAAUCUUUCAGAAGAAAUAUGAGUUGGAACACGUGGGGAAUGUUUGCUCGGGAUGAGCCACCAGCGUACAAGAAGAAUUCCUAUGGUGUUCACCCUUACUAUAUGGCAUUGGAAGAGGAUGGCAGUGCUACUGGAGUGCUCUUGUUGAACAGCAAUGCCAUGGAUGUGACACUCCAGCCUACCCCUGCCCUGACAUAUCGCACCAUAGGAGGGAUUCUGGACUUCUAUAUGGUUCUGGGGCCAACACCUGAACUUGUAACUCAGCAAUACACCCAGCUGAUUGGUCGGCCAGCCAUGACUCCAUACUGGGCCUUAGGUUUCCAGCUGAGUCGCUAUGGAUACCAGAGUGAUGAAGAAAUCGCCAGUUUGUAUGAUGCAAUGGUGGCAGCCCAGAUUCCCUACGACGUCCAGCAUGUAGACAUCGAUUACAUGGACCGGAAGUUGGACUUCACCCUCAGCUCCAGCUUUCAAAAUCUCAGUGUCCUGAUUAAUCAAAUGAAGAAAAAUGGCAUGAGGUUUAUUCUUAUUCUGGACCCAGCCAUUUCUGGCAAUGAGACACACUAUCUAACAUUUACUCGAGGACAGGAAAACAAUGUGUUCAUCAAAUGGCCUGACUCCAAUGACAUUGUCUGGGGCAAGGUUUGGCCAGAUUUGCCCAAUGUAAAUGUGGAUGGAUCCCUUGACCAUGAGACUCAAGUUAAGCUAUACAGGGCCUAUGUUGCUUUUCCCGACUUCUUGCGCUCCAGCACAUCUGCAUGGUGGAAGAAAGAGAUAGAGGAGCUCUAUUCAAAUCCUCGGGAGCCAGGGAAGAGCUUGAAGUUUGAUGGGCUGUGGAUCGAUAUGAAUGAGCCUUCAAACUUCGUGGAUGGAUCUGUCAAUGGCUGCCGCAAUGAAAUUCUCAAUAAACCACCCUACAUGCCAUAUUUGGAAGGCAGGGACAGAGGCCUGAGCAGCAACACACUGUGCAUGGAGAGUGAGCAGAUCCUUCCUGAUGGCUCCCGGGUCCAGCACUAUGAUGUGCAUAGCCUUUAUGGGUGGUCCCAGACCAGACCCACCUAUGAAGCUGUGCAGGAGGUGACAGGAGAGAGAGGGGUCGUCAUCACCCGCUCCACAUUCCCCUCUUCUGGACGCUGGGCAGGACACUGGCUGGGGGACAACACAGCUGCCUGGGACCAGCUGGGGAAAUCCAUCAUUGGCAUGAUGGAGUUCAGUCUCUUUGGAAUACCUUAUACAGGAGCAGACAUCUGUGGGUUCUUUGGAGAUGCUGAGUAUGAGAUGUGUAUCCGCUGGAUGCAACUGGGUGCAUUUUAUCCAUUUUCCAGGAACCACAACAAUGCUGGGACUAGGAGACAAGAUCCUGUGGCCUGGAAUUCAACCUUUGAGGAGUACUCAAGGAGAGUACUGGAGACCAGGUACUCCCUGCUGCCGUAUCUGUACACCCUGAUGCACAAAGCUCACACUGAGGGCAGCACCGUCGUUCGAGCGCUUCUCCAUGAGUUCACAGAUGACAAUAACACCUGGGAUAUAGACCAACAGUUCAUGCUGGGUCCUGCUCUCCUGAUCAGCCCCGUUCUGAAGAGUAACACAUUUGAGAUAUCUGCUUAUUUCCCCAGAGCCCGGUGGUAUGACCAUAGCACGGGAUCUGGCCAAGAAUCAAUAGGUGAAUGGAAAACAUUGGCAGCUCCUCUGGACCACAUCAACCUUCAUGUCAGAGGAGGCUACAUCCUGCCUUGGCAAGAGCCUGCAAUGAACACUCACUACAGUCGACAAAAUUUUGUGGGAUUGACUGUUGCUUUGGACGAUAAGGGGAAGGCUGAAGGUCAGAUGUUUUGGGAUGAUGGACAAAGCAUGGACACAUAUGAAAAGGGAAAUUAUUUCUUGGCUAACUUUAUAGUAACACAGGACACCUUGAAAAUCCAGGUCAUACAUAAUCAGUAUCUGAGUAACUCAAAUCCACUGAAAGUUGGAUACAUUGGAAUCUGGGGUUUAAAUUCCUCUUAUGUGGCACAUGUUAGUCUUACCUACAACAACCAGCCAUUCACUGAAAACAAUUUCACAAGUGACCCCUACAAUCAGAAACUAACAAUUCAACUGACUGAAAAGAAUAUGAACUUAGAAGAGCUGACUGAGGUUAUUUGGGUAUAUGGAGAUCCUGCACUUCCCACACCAAUGACAACCAGUGUAUUUCCCACAACCUCUCACCCAUCUUCUACUAGCACUGAAAUAACUACACCUUUCCCUACAAGUCCUAUUACUGACAACACUAGUAGUUCUACUACUGUUAACUCCAGUGGUGUGAGUCCAUUCACAACCACAACCCCUGAACCAACUACUGAAGACACUACAACCAGCAUAUUUCCUGACAUAACUACACCUUUCCCUACAAGUCCUACUACUGCUAACACUAGUGAUGUCAUUCCAUUCACAACCACAACUCCUGAACCAACUACUGUUGACAAUACAACUAAUACCACAUUUCCUGACAUAACUACACCUUUCCCAACAAGUCCUACUACUGCUAACACGAGUGAUGUCAUUCCAUUCACAACUACAACUCCUGAACCAAGUACAACCAGCACCACAUUUCCUUUCAUAACUACACCUUUCCCUACAAGUCCUACUACAGUUAACACUAGUGAUGUGAUUCCAUUCACAACCACAACUCCUGAACCAACUAGUGUUGACAAUACAACCAGCACAUUUCCUGACAUAACUACACCUUUCCCUACAAGUCCUACUACUGCUAACACUAGUGAUGUCAUUCCUUUCACAACCACAACUCCUGAACCAAGUACAACCAGCACCACAUUUCCUGACAUAACUACACCUUUCCCUACAAGUCCUACUACUGCUAACGCUAGUGAUGUGAUUCCAUUCACAACCACAACCCCUGAACCAACUAGUGUUGACAAUACAACUAAUACCACAUUUCCUGACAUAACUACACCUUUCCCAACAAGUCCUACUACUGCUAACACUAGUGAUGUGAUUCCUUUCACAACCACAACUCCUGAAACAACCACUGUUGACAACACAACUAAUACCACAUUUCCUGCUAUAACUACAAAUUUCCCUACCAGUCGUCCCACUGCUGACACUAGUGAUGUAAUUAAUUUCACAACCACAACUACUGAAGAAAGUACUGUUGACAAUGCAACUAGUACUAUACUUCCUCCAACAAUUGCACCUUUCCUUAACAGUACUUCAAUUGUUAGCACUAGUACUGUGGUCCCUGUCACAGUGACAGCUAUUGAAACAAGUACUGUGGAUGCUGCAAACUCUACUGUGGUGCCAUGA